ACUGUUGCUACUACUCGACUCAACAAUACAAUUUAACAGUUAAUGCAGAUAAUAAAUUCUCCAUAAUACAUUUCAACAGCAGAAGCUUAUAUGCGAACUUUAAACACAUCAAGGAUUGUUUAAACCAAUUUAAACAACCUUUUAGUGUCAUCACUAUCUCAGAAAACUGGCUUACUCCGAACAAGGGAGCCGAUUUUGAAUUAGAUGGUUAUGAAUUUAGUUAUAUUAAUAGAGAAGGAAAGAUGGGUGGAGGAGUAGCUGUAUAUGUGGACAACAGUUUUAGAUAUAAGCUAAUUGAAAACAUGACUAAUGUGGUUAAAGAUCAUUUUGAAUGUUUAACAGUUGAAAUAUAUAUGGAAAAAAAUAAAAAUGUAAUUGUUAGUUGUAUAUAUAGGGCUCCUGGUUCUAACAUGAACCUUUUCAUAGAAUGGUUUGAGAAAACAUAUACAGCUAUAAAUUCAAAGAACUACUUUAUUUGUGGGGACUUUAAUAUUGAUCUGCUGAAUGUCAACAAUCACAAAUUGACUGAAGAGUUUAUUAAUACCACAUGUAGUCUGAGCCUUUUCCCUCAAAUUACGAGACCUAGCAGAAUCACAGCCAACAGAGCAACAUUAAUAGAUAACAUAUUUACAAAUUUAAUAGACAACACCAUAAGUGGAUUGUUAGUUCAUGACAUCAGUGAUCAUUUACCUGUUUUUGCUGUUUGUGAUAUCUGCCACAUGAAAGCCAAGACUAAAAAUAAUCCAAUUCAUAAACGAUUAAGGACGGAAAAAUCUAUAAAUGCAUUUAAAGAUGAACUAUCUCAACAAACCUGGGAGUCAGUAUUAGAAGAAAACGACAUGGAUAAAGCAUAUGAUAAUUUCCUGAAUAUUUUUAAAUCAUUAUAUGACAAACAUUGUCCGAAUGUAGAGUUUAAUUCUACAAAUAAAUAUUCUGAACAUCCAUGGAUCACAAAGGGAUUGCAAAAUGCCUGUAAAAAAAAGAAUAAGUUAUAUAGAGACUUUAUAAGGCAAAGAUCAACUGGGGCAGAAAAUAAAUACAAGAAAUACAAGAACAAAUUGACUGCUGUUUUAAGAAAAGCAAAACAAGAUUAUUAUAGUAAGCAGUUGGACAGAAAUAAAAAUAAUAUUAAAGGUAUCUGGAAUAUUUUAAACAGUGUAAUUAAAAAAAAUUCCAAACAUGUUAGUUAUCCACAACACUUUACAAACAACGAAGAUAAACAUUUAAAUAACAUGGAAGAGAUAGUUCAUAAUUUUAAUAAAUACUUUGUAAGUGUGGGCCCAAAAUUGGCUGAGGAAAUCCCGCAGCCCACAGGACAUGAAAUACUAAAAGAUGUAUUAGUUAGAAAUCCAGAUUCCAUGU